AUGGACCAACCAAGCUCACAAGAUGAACUUUGUCCUCUUGAAUAUGCACGAGCACAAGGCCUCUGUAUCGAUUAUACAACUGAGCCGCUACCCUUUCCGGAUCUGGAUGUAUUAUCGGCUACAGCUCUCGAUGAGAGCCUUUGCAGUCUCUCUGACCCCUCCACUACCGAUGUGGUCUCGACACUAACAAAGGAACGACUUACAGUAAACAGAGACGCUGUACUGCUGCUCAAGAAAAUCUAUAUCUACCAAGAAGAGACUUCUGUCAGCCGUUUUCAGACUGACAACAAAAAUUGCAUUUUGGAUCUAAAGCAUGAACUUCCAGUUCUCCAGUCAGACCACGAUGUUGACUUGUUGAGUUUCGGUAAUGUGGCGCCACCAGACUUCAGGAAUCUCAAGAUUCCAUCUGAACUUGUUAAUGAACAAGAUGACGAAGGCUUUGAAUGGCCUGCUACAUACCUUACAUAUCCUGCACAAUGCGAUGCGCAAGCCAAAACUGAGAAGCUUGCUGUCUCAAGAAGCACACUCUUGCAACUCCAAGAAGCCAUCCGCGAUGCAUACGUGCCAGGGGAUAGCGAGGCGCUGAAGACUGAAGAUAAGAUCUACAAUCGGGAUUUAAUUAUUCGGCCCAUCACGCCUCCCUUACUCCUGCUUUCUCCAUUGCAGGUGCCCUACAUACCUUCAUCACCCACAAACAAUCUGCCGCUUAUAUCAGAUAGCAGCGACUUUGUCCGUGCAGAGACAGAAGUCAUUCAAAGUGAGAUCAUGGCUGCAGAUUCCCUUACUCGGAAAGAAUCUGAUAGCAGUGAUUCGAUGCUUCUCGACAUGAUUCAUCCGUUGUCGUUUAGCCCACUGCCCGAGGCAUGUGCACUGAUUCCUUCGAAGCGUAAAGCUGCAGACUUGAAAGUGGAAGGGCCGUUGACACCAUCGACGUUUUCUACCUCACCGAUGAAGAAGCUCAAAUCGGUGUCUCUUGCCACAACAUUAAGUGAGCUUGUCUCAUAUGAGCCCUGGGGUCAGGAUAAUGGUGAUGAUGAUAUCGCGAGUGAGGACUUUGAAAUCUUCGCGGAAAUUGAGCUACUCGCUGAAAAAGUGAGAAAGUCUGUUGGAAAUGAGCAACUGUCCUGUGCUGAUACGACCGCACGUGUGGACGUUCCGUAUAUCGACUCUCCACUACCCGUGGCGCCGUGGGUUGAGUAUAGUCGGCGAAACCGCGACAAUUGCCGGUAUCCUACUGAGCUUGAAUCUCAGGCGCAAUUUCUACGGAGGAUCAAACGUGAGGAACUGAAAUUCGCGCUAUCCUGGCAUGGAAUGUCAGUGCCGGAAAGAGAGUUGCAAUGGGGUUUCUUGACGACAAAGAUAUCAAUACUGAAUCUGGAGGAGACAUUACAUGGCGAAACCGAUAUGAAGAGAAUUUUAAGUGAAGCCAGUACAAGUAGCAUUGCAACCAGCUCUACGCAGGUGUGGAAGCGGGAUGGGCUCAGAAUCUUUGAUGAAGACGACGAAGACGAACUAGAAUCAGUGCUUGAUGAGCAUAGCCAGGACAUGCAAGCUUUAUUAAACAAGCGCAAGCUGAAACUAGAAGAUACGAUAGAGACACGUCACAAACAAGCAGUGCUACAGCGCCAUAUACCAGCAGGCUUGGAAACGAAGACUACGGAUAUGAGCCAGCAAUUGUCACAAGAGCAGAUUUCACGGCUGAAGCCUGCACACAAGAAAAAAGACGGUAAUAGCAAUGAGCUCAUGUUUGGUGGUUUCUCUGCUACAAGUGCUCUUCACAGGUUUUUGGAGACACGUGGAAAGGCUGCUGGGUCUGUAAGAGCUGAUACCGUUAAAAAGCCUUUUUUAGGCAAAAGUACUCGUUCAGUGGAUAUCCCGAAAGUUCAGGCCUCCAAAAGACCUGUCGAGGAGGCAAGAAACGAGAUGCACAUGGCACAUUUUAGAGACGAUGAGAAGACGAAGAUGACGGACCCUCCACCCUCACCUACAAAUAUCCCAGCCGACCUUGAGCCGUGUUCGAUCCUCAUCUCGUCAAAGUUUCUACAACAAAGAAGCCUGUUGAGGCAGAUAGAACAGAUGUUUCCAAACGCUGAGAUGGUGUACCGAGACUACACUCUACCGCAUUCGCCGGCCAAAGAUGCCGACAUGAUUCUUUCGCCUUCCACCGGUCUGAUUCUUACUUCUUUGCAACAGAUCAAGCAGCGAGCUCUUCCGGGGCAAACAGAAAGGUCCCCGAUAAAGGAGUCUUUGGCUACUCUCCAGUUACGAUACGAGAGACUGAUUGUUCUGAUCAGCGAGGGACUAAGUCGUGAAUUGGAAGAGUUGGGGUCAAGCCGUCCAGAGGACCCACGUGAUAGUGAAGCAUUGAAAGCGAUUGAGGGAUUUACUUCUAACACAGAGGGUGAUGUGCUAAUCCAGUACGUUCCCGGAGGCGAGAAGGCCCUCGCGCGUGCCACGGUGACAGAAAUGGGAAAAUACGGCUUACCGUACGGCUCAGCUGACAUUGGUGACAUUAAGCUUAUAACGCAGGAAACAACAUACGAGGUUUUCCUGCGUCGAGCAGGUCUAAAUCCGUUUGCGGCUCAGGCCAUUGUCGCAUUGCUGAAGAAGCCGACGACGCUCGAAAUUGCACUCUGUUCAAGCUCACCUUUUGCAGCCGAGCCGAAGCACAUAUCUGCAACCGGACUCUCUCGCUUUCUGAUUAUGAGCAAAGAUGAGCGAAUCCAUUUGUUCCAGACUCUGAUGGGUGGAAGUCGGGUGUUGAAGAGGGUCAGUGAUAGGCUGGACCAGGAAUGGAUCAGCGCUGCACACGGCUUUAGGAUGUGA